AUGUCAUUUGAAGGUUUUACAAGAUACAUGGAUUCAUCUGAAUGUCUACUAUUUAAUAAUAAUGCCCUUGUGAAAGGAUGCCGUUGUCUGGAAAUUGACUGCUGGGAUGGAUCACAAAAUGAACCUGUUGUAUACCAUGGUUAUACAUUCACCAGCAAGCUUCUGUUUAAAACUGUUAUCCGAGCGAUACACAAAUACGCAUUCAUAACAUCUGACUACCCAGUGGUGCUCUCUUUAGAAAAUCACUGCUCCCCUUCCCAACAAGAAGUGAUGGCAGACAGUUUGCAGUCUACUUUUGGAGACGCCUUGCUUUCUGAUAUGCUUGAUGAUUUUCCAGACAAAUUACCUUCACCAGAGGCAUUAAAAUUCAAAAUAUUAGUCAGAAACAAGAAAAUAGGAACUUUAAGGGAAACCCGUGAAAGGAGAGGUUCUGAUAAGCAUGGUCAGGUAGAGGAAUGUGAAGAAGAAGAGGAGGCAGAGCAAGAGGAGGAGGAAAAUGAGGCCAAAGGACCAGAACCAUCGGAUGCUUUUCAAGACAAUUUGGAAAAGGAGGCAGAGUCAAAAAGGGCAGUCGGAAUUCCACUCUUCAAGAAAAAGAAGUUAAAAAUAGCUAUGGCCCUAUCUGAUCUUGUUAUUUAUACUAAAGCGGAGAAGUUCAGAAGUUUUCACCAUUCAAGACUCUAUCAACAAUUUAAUGAAAGUAACUCUAUUGGGGAGUCACAAGCCCGAAAACUUUCAAAGCUGAGAGCCAAUGAAUUUAUUCUUCACACCACGAAGUUCAUUACCAGAAUAUAUCCCAAAGCAACAAGAACGGACUCUUCUAAUUUUAAUCCUCAAGAAUUUUGGAAUGUAGGUUGUCAAAUGGUGGCCUUAAAUUUCCAGACCCCUGGUCUGCCUAUGGAUCUUCAAAAUGGGAAAUUUUUGGAUAAUGGUGGUUCUGGAUAUAUUUUGAAACCACACUUCCUAAGAGAUAGUAAAACAAAGUUCAAUCCAAAUAAAGCACUAAUGGACAGAAAUCCAAUCAUACUUAUGAUAAGGCUCAUCAGUGGGAUCCAGUUGCCUCCCAGUUAUCAUUCAUCAUCUAACAAAGCUGACACAUUAGUGAUUGUAGAAAUUUUGGGGGUUCCAAAUGAUCAAAUGAAACAGCAGAGUCGUGUAAUUAAAAAAAAUGCUUUUAGUCCAAGAUGGAAUGAAACAUUCACAUUUACUAUUCAGGUGCCAGAAUUGGCAUUGAUACGUUUUGUUGUUGAAAAUCAAGGUUUAAUAGCUGGAAAUGAAUUUCUUGGGCAAUAUACUCUACCAGUUCUAUGCAUGAACAAAGGUUACCGUCGUGUUCCUCUGUUUUCCAAAAUGGGUGAGAGUCUUGAGCCUGCUUCCCUGUUUAUUUAUGUUUGGUAUGUCAGAUAG